AAUUAAUGAGUUAUCAAACAUUGACUUGACUUCACAGCAGACUUCAUCGGCAGAGAAAAAUCUCCACAUACAUGACAAUUUAAAGCACCAUAAUUAAGCUAACACGCAGGCCUUUAAACUGUCUUAUAUAACCUCCAAAGAUUUGUUCAGCUAGUUAAGCAAAUGGAAAUGAGGCUUAUCUCAAAAACUGUAUGUUUUAUACUUCUUCUUCUUUUAACAGUUCGUGUAAACGUUAAAAGCCGCUCUCUGGCACACAGCUCUGUUGAAUUACUGGUUUCAGAUGGCAUCAAUGAUGUCCAAGAAAACCAAUCCUCCAUUCUACUUCUCAAAGGAAUGGAUACUUCCUCCGAAGAGAAGUGUGAGCAAUUGUAUGGCUUCUUGCCGUGCUCCAGUAAUAUUUUUGGGCAUCUCUUUCUAAUUGCAGUGUAUGAAUACAUGUUGUUUCAUGGAGAGGGCUACUUGGCCUCUGGAGGUGAAAAGAUUUUCAGGAUUCUUGGACCUGGUGUCUUCGGUGCCAGUGCAUUCCAGGUUCUUGGAGCCCUUCCUGAGUCCUUGAUACUUCUAGCAUCUGGAUUAUUGUACACAAGAGAAGCUGCUCAAGAGGACGUGUCUACAGGAGUCGGACUCCUCGCAGGAACAUCUAUUUUGCUUCUAACAGUGCUCUGGGGCACCUGUGUUAUCGUUGGCAGCAUUCAGUCGUCACUGCCAACCAUUUCCAAUACUUCAAGCUCAAGAUUAUUCUCAUGGUUGACUGGUGCGUGCGUCCUCUCUUUUAUUCAGUUUGGAGUCACUACGGAUCUGGAGACAAGCUACACAGCAAGGAUUAUGGGUCUUUCUGUCAUACCAUUUCUUAUUUUGCAAAUCCCAAAAAUUUUCAACUCAAGUUCUGGGGAGUACUUGACGAUAUUGAUCUCUCUCGUUGUUUCGGUGGUUUCUCUGUUGAUAUAUUUCUUCUAUCAGAUCUUCGAACCGUGGAUCCAAAAGAGAAGACUGCAAUAUGUAAAAUAUGAUGAAGCUCUUUUAAGAAUUCUGCAACUUGUGCAAGAACGAGCUUUAGGGAGAAUUCUGACAGUCGAGGGGGCUCCAAAUAUAAAUGCUAUACAGAGACUAUUUGAUGAAAUAGAUGAAGAUGGUGAUGACAGUAUAUCGCCCUCUGAAGUGAGGGAACUUCUGCUCGACAUAAAGUCUACAGGAAUGAAUAUCAAUAAAGACAAUGCAUCAGAAGAAUUAAUCAAAGUAUUAGAUCUGAAUGAUGAUAAGAAAAUAACCAAGGAAGAAUUUGUCCAUACUUUUACAAAAUGGCUUGAAGAGACAAAGUAUGCUAUGGACAAGCGAUACUUCACAAUUAACUCCUUGAAGAGGAUUUAUCAGGUUUUUCAUCCGUUCGUAGAAAGUAAAAGAAAAGAACAUGAGAUGAAGAGAAAUCUCAUAUCAGAAAUCGUGAGCCAUCUACAAAGCGAUGCUUUAGGGAACCUAAUCAAAGAAGAUGGUACUCCGGAUUUCCUUACUAUUAGAAGGUUGUUUGAAGAAAUUGAUCGUGAUGAAGAUAAUUGCAUAUCAAAAGAUGAGUUAACAGAACUAAUGAAAAAGAUUGAGAUUGGUAAGAUCUGUUGGGAUGUAGAUGAAGCAGCUGAAAAAAUCAUGGAAGCACUUGACACGAGCGGAGAUCAAAUGAUCGAUGAGAAGGAGUUCGCCGAGGGAAUUGUCAGAUGGUUGAUUAACACGUCCGAAAAUGUAACUCCUGGAUCAACUCGGUCCCGAGAUGAUAACAAUCGAGUAAGUCCAAUAUUCUUUUUGUUGGGAAAUAUCAUUUUCAUUUUUACCUGGUUAGCUGUUGCUGAAGGCGAAGCUGAGGGCAUUCUGAAGGAAUGCAAAAGUCUUCUCUUCUGUUUUUGCUCUUGUGGGUUUCCUCUGUGUCUUCGUCUCUCUGUUUUUGUUUUUGCUAUGAUUUCUUCAUGGAAAGCUCUGGUCCUGGAGAGAGCAGAGAUUGGCAAAAAUGGCUUCUCCUUUUUCUUUGCGAAAGAUAUGUUUUUUUUCUUCUGUGUUUUUUUUUUUUGGAUCCUCGUAAUUGACCCCCGAUCCUCACUCUCUUUUUGUUGUUUUCUGUUCUUCCCUCUCUAGCUUUGGGUUUUUUUUUUUUUCGUCCUCUUAGUUCUGUUUUUUUGUCUGGCUUUUAUAGUGCCGAAUCUUCAAUUCUCAUCCACGAAGUUCGUCCCUUAUCUCCCCAGGGUGACAAUCUCGUGGAUGAGGAUAAACAUGGCUCGGGUUUGGUCCAUGUUUGAUUGAUUCAAAACACCAUCAGUCCUGCCAUUGUUACUAUUGGCGAUGCUUAUCCUUGUGUCAGGGGAGAGUUACAAGGGUGAGGGAUACCGAACCAAAUCCAAAUCCUAUGGUUUCUGUGGUAGACAAGGUGGCCUUAGAUUUGGUUUGGGUUUGAUGGGGAGAUUUGGUUUAACAUAAGCCAUCUGAAUGGCCUCAUAGGGUGAUCUCUCCUGCUCCGGAGGAAGGAGACGAUGGAUAGGUUUGAGAACGACGCUGUUUUAGGUUGGAAAAGGCCAUUUUUUAUUUUCCCGCCUGAAGUUUUGACAUUUAGCAAUCGGGUACUUAUUCAUGAAAUU